UCGACUUCCCCGUUCAGAUCUGAGAUCAAAAGCUCCCGAUUUAGGAUUAAGAACGGGACCCAUAAGAAACGUACCAGGCAUUGCCCCCUAGCUCCUACAUAGCUAUCCUACGCCUGCAGAAGCUGAAGAAAGGUGACCAUACGCGGCUGAAACGAUCGCCCGAUCCCGCCUGUUAUCUUCCGCAAUCGACGCAUCUGCUCCAUCGCCCCUCCACAUUUUCCCGGAUCGAAUCCUGGUCCCCCUCCUUCCGCCGUCCUUGGACAGGGACGCGGUCUUUUUUUGUUAUUAAGAGCUUAAUUUGUAGUUGUCUCGCUUGUCCCCAUCCUCAAGCCAUUAUAGCUCCCUCUCCCCCCCAAAAGGAAACGGGAUCAUGGUUUACGCAGCCAUUGACACUUUUAUCUUGCCACCCGCCAUGUCCUCCGACGCGACACAGCGCCCGCUCACGCCUUCCGACUCCCUCGACGGCCCCUUGCCUAAGCCAGCGUCCUCCAACAAUGAUACCUCUACGGUCGUCACGGCUCUCCAUGUCAUGUCCACCGAGCGUGCGGCUCUGGCGCACCUCGAACACCUUUAUCAGAACGAUGCGCGGGCCCAGCAGGAUCUCGCGCGCGCGGUGGACUUGAUUGCGUAUACGGUGCGCGAGGGGGGCAAGUUGGUCGUAUGCGGGGUGGGGAAGAGUGGGAAGAUCGGACGGAAGAUCGAGGCCACGAUGAAUAGUCUGGGGAUUCACAGUGCUUUCUUGCAUCCGACGGAGGCGUUGCAUGGGGAUUUGGGAUUGGUUCGACCGAACGAUACGAUGCUCCUUAUCUCGUUCUCUGGUCGCUCGCCGGAGUUGUUAUGCCUGCUCCCGUAUAUUCCCACCACAGUUCCUAUUAUCGCUCUCUCAUCGCAUACUCAGCCCGAUGCAUGUCCAUUACUUUCCCUGCAUGGCCCGCUUGGCAUGGGAAUUCUUCUACCGGCGCCAAUACAUGAGGAAGAGGAAGCUUCCCUGGGUGUCAGUGCCCCGACAUCAUCGACAACGGUAGCGCUGUGUCUGGGAGAUGCAUUGGCCAUCGCUACGGCACGGAAAUUGCACACUGAUUCGGGACGAGCCCCUGCCGAUGUAUUCCGCAGUUAUCAUCCCGGAGGUGCAAUUGGAGCAGCGGCAGCAGCAGCCGGAGCGACGCCAUCGACUACACCGUCUAGCGGAGCGUCAACGACGGCCUUUGAUUCUCCCUCUUCAUCUAUAUCAUUGCCCUGGGAUGAUUUCUCAAACGGCUCGUCUAUUCCACCUUUUAAUCUUCAACAACCCCCCGAACAACGUUCAAUACCAUUGGACAUGCUCGUUCCUCUCGAUCAAAUCCCUACAGCCUCGGCAUCACCUGCCAGCGAUGUACGAUUACUGGACAUACUCCUCACAGCUAUUCAGCACCCAACCGCCAAAUCAUGGGUCUUCCUAUCUGAAUCUGAACUCGUCCCGCCUAGGCGAAUUCGGUCCCUUCUGUCACGACAUACGGACGUCGACCUGCGCGUGUCUGAUGCCGUGGCUCUAGACUCUGGCCGACCGCUAUCCGUAUCCCGGCCCAACUGGUUCCUGGUGGCCGAGUCCACCCCACUGGCCGAGCUACGUCGUCUCGUCACCACAUCCCGAGAUGGCCCACACCCUAUAUCAGUUAUCGCCGUCGUGAAAGAUAUUGCCUCUCCGACCAGCUACAUUGGAGUGAUGGAGGCCGACGAUCUUUGGAGUGAAUAAGCUCUGGAACUAGACAUACUGGAUGUGAUAUGCUUGAUGUGAUGGGUAUCUCCAUACAUGGACAUAUCUUACUUCUCUUCUCGUAUCUACUUUAUUUCCCCACUCUGCACAUACCACUUGCAUUGGUUGCACAUGGGUUGACGAUGUUACGCCUGUUUCUGCCCGGUAUGGGCUCUCGCAUAGACUUGGUUCUUUGUCGAUAUUUGUUUUUCCAGUUCGUAUAUAGUUUAUAUAGUGCAUUACAUACGCUCCAAAUGACCCGCGAGCUAUAUCUUACAGGGUCCAGCACUUCUUGAAACAUCCGUAGAAAUCGGCAAUCGAAAUAAUACAAUUGUUGCAGAAACAUCAAAAUCUAGUGUACAAUCCCCUUCUCCACUUACCGAUGGGUAAGGAAAGGGAAGAUCUGAAUCCCCCACUAAUUCCGAAUCUCAUCCUCUCCAAGCAAUGCCAGACCAGACCUCACUACUCAAACCUGAGUGACCGGCUUAAUACCCUUGUGAAUAGCAGCAAUGCCACCAGUCAGAUUCUCAUAUCCCUUACCAGGAAUCAUAAAUCCAGCCUUCUGAAUCAUACCCCGGAACUCCUCCUGACUCGGGAACCGCUCAAUACUCUCCACGAGAUAUUGAUAGCUAUCCCGAUCCCCAGCAACAAUCUGCCCAAUCAAGGGGAUAGCACUGAAGUUCCACCUCUUGUACACGGCAUCAAACACCGGAUUCUCCACCUUACUAAACUCCAUACAAGCAAACACACCACCAGGCUUGAGCACGCGGAACGCCUCGUUCAGCGCGGCCUGCUUAUCCGUGAAAUUGCGAAUGCCAAAGACAACCGUGUACAGGUCAAUUGAGGCGUCGGGGAUAUGGGGCAUGUGUUCGGCGUUGGCCUCGACGAAGGAUAGACGGGGAGUGUUGUAGUAGGGUGUUGCGAUGGAGCGCUUACGGCCUUCGGCCAGCAUAUCGGCGUUGAUGUCGCUGAUUGUGACGCGGGUUUGCAGGUCGUGGUUGAUGUUGGUGGCGUGGUCGAGCAUGCGGAAGGCAAUGUCGCCGGUCCCGCCGGCGAUGUCGAGGAUGUUCCAGCCUUGGUCUUUGGCGUUGGCUGGGCGGUUGGCGACAGGUGUGCCUGGGUUCAGGGAGCGCACGAAGUGGUCUUUCCAGAGGCGGUGGAUGCCCAGGGACAUUAGGUCGUUCAUGUUAUCGUAUGAAGAGGCGACGGAGCUGAAGACGGCGCCGACUGUUGGAGAAUAACGUUAGCGUGGGGAUCAAUUCAGAUGGUGACGAUGGUAAUUGAAAUGCGAUAAAGUAGGACUGGAGAUCAUACCUCGCGACUCCUUCUCGGACUCGGGCACAUUGGUGAAGCCAAAGUGUGUCAUGCGUUCAUGGUCUGGUCUAGCCUGGUCGAAGGCCUGGCGGGUGCAGGAAAAGCAGCGGUACGGAGUAGCCGGUUGGAUAUUGCGGCGCUUAGCACUGUAGUGCAAGGCUCGCCAGGCAGAGCGGGUCGACAUGGUGAGUUGUGUGGGAGGAAUUGAAGGGGAAAGUUGAACCUGGUACGACGAUCGGAG